AUGCUAUAUUUAGUAGGUCUUGGACUCUCUCAUGAGUCAGAUAUAACAGUACGAGGACUUGAGACGGUAAAGAAAUGUUCACGGGUUUAUCUCGAGGCAUACACGUCGAUUUUGAUGGCAGCGAACAAAGAGACUUUGGAAUCGUAUUAUGGAAGAGAAGUGAUAUUAGCAGAUAGAGAAUUGGUUGAAACAGGUAGUGACGAAAUACUACAUAAUGCUGCAGAUGAAGACGUUGCUUUCUUAGUAGUUGGUGACCCAUUUGGUGCUACGACGCAUACCGAUUUAGUUCUUAGAGCUAGGGAAUUGAAUAUACCAGUAGAAAUCAUCCAUAAUGCCCUGGUGAUGAAUGCAGUUGGCGCCUGUGGAUUGCAACUAUACCAAUUCGGACAGACUAUAUCGCUAGUAUUCUUUACCGACUCUUGGAAACCUGAUUCUUUUUAUAAUAAAAUUAUGGAAAAUCGAAAAAUUGGAUUGCAUACAUUGAUUCUUUUAGAUAUCAAAGUUAAGGAACAAAGUAUUGAAAAUAUGGCAAGAGGGAGAUUGAUUUAUGAGCCUCCUAGGUACAUGGAUAUUGCAACCGCUUGUUCGCAGUUACUUGAAAUUGAAGAAAGGAGACAAGAGCAAGCAUAUACCGAAAACACGCCCUGUGUUGCCGUGUCGAGAUUAGGUUCGCCGUCACAAAAAUUUAAAGCGGGUACCUUGAGAGAAUUGAGUGAAUAUGAUUCCGGUGAACCACUACACACAUUAGUCAUGUUAGGUAGACAAGUGCAUGAUCUUGAGUUGGAGUACUUGUAUCAAUUCGUUGAUGACAAGGAGAAAUUUAAAAAGUUUGUGGAAGAAGAUCAAAAGCAUUUUGCACCUCCAGUAUACGUACCGCCAGAAGAGAACUUAAGCGAUUGA